AAAUUCACGAGGGCAAAAUCGUUAAACGACAAAACACAAACAAUUCUAAAUCCCAGCCAAAUCCCAAAACCCUAACCGCAUUAUAAACCCCUCUAGAACCCUAAUCAAACCCCCUCUCCUAUUAUACACACAAUCACAAUAGAUAGAUACAAUUACAAACACAAUUCCUAGAGAUUCAAAGGGAUAAGCAAAAAAGGCCCUGUUCAAGAUGGUUGCAGCGGAGGCCAAGAAAGCAAAGAUUGAUGAAGAGAAUGCAGAGGAGCAAAUUGAUGCCCAGCUCGCUGUUUCUGUGGAGAAAUUGCAAGAUAUUCAAGAUGAUCUCGAAAAGAUCAAUGAAGAAGUCGUUGAAAAGAUCCUGGAAAUAAACCAGCAGUAUAGCGAAGUUCGCAAGCCCAUCUAUGAUAAGAGACAGGAUGUUAUAAAAUCCAUUCCCGAUUUCUGGUUAACAGCUUUUAUGAGUCAUCCUCUUCUUUGUGGGAUUUUAAGUGAAGAAGACCAAAAGAUCUUCAAGUAUCUGAGUUCCCUCGACGUCGAAGAAUUCAAAGAUGUGAAAUCAGGCUACUCUAUUUCAUUUAACUUCAAUCCCAAUCCAUUUUUCGAGGACUCAAAGCUCACGAAGUCUUUUACAUUUCCUGAUGAAGGGCUAACAAAAGUAACUGCUACAAAAAUCAAGUGGAAAGAUGGCAAGGGACUUCCCAAUGGAGUCGAUCAUGACAAAAAAGGGAACAAAAGGCCUCAUGAAGAAGAUGAAAGUUUUUUUAGCUGGUUCAGUGAAACACUCAAGGAAGAUGAUGUCGAUGAGAUUGAUGAUGAGAUUGCUGAGGCAAUCAAGGAUGAUUUGUGGCCCAAUCCUCUAACGUACUUUAGUAAUGAGACUGAUGAGAUGGACUUCGAGGGGGAUGUAAGUGAUCAAGAGGAAGAUGGCAAUGAUGAGGAUGAAGACGGCGAUGGGGAGGAUGAUGGAGGUGAGGAAGCUGAAGGCAAUUGAGUGUCACACAUCAUUUCAGUUGGAACUUUCUAGAAUUUACUGCCAGUAGUAACCAUUCUUGUAGAGUAGUGUCAAAUGGCUGCAAUGGAAUUGGGUUAUACAACAAGAGAUACUGUGUAACCAUUGCAAUGUGUCUUGCAACCCGAGAUUGCUAGAUGAUAUUCGCAUACUAAAGUUUUAAAUUUUACUUUAUACAAAGUGCUUGAUUGUUUGA